AUGGCGAUCCUCCGUAACAAGAAGCAAACCGCCGAAUCCAGUUCGGAUAGUUCAGAUGAUGAACCAGUGAUCAAAAAUCCUAUCAAGGGAAAUUUGAACAAAUCUGCCGCAAAAUCAAAAAAGCCAGCCAGCUCGGAUGACAGCUCGGACGAUGAACAUAGUUCCGACGAUGAGCCGAAGAAGACAGGUUCAGCUAAGCCCAGUCCUACGAAGCCUGCUGCUAAGGCAGCACCGAAAAAGAAAGUGGAGUCUGAUUCUGAGGACAGUUCCGAUGAAGAACCUGUAAAGAAAUCACCAGUGAAGGCGACUCCGGUAAAACAAGCCGCAAAACCGACUCAAAAGAAAGAUUCGAGCUCCGAAGACAGUUCAGAUGAAGAGCCAGAAAAGAAGUCACAGGUCUCCAAGCCAGUUCCAGCUCAAAGUAAGUCCAUUUCUCUGAUUUUAUUUGAUUUAUUUUUUAGAUGGUACAAAGAGCGUGAAGCCUGCUGCCAAGGCCGCUCCGAAGAAGGUGGAGUCUGAUUCCGAUGACAGUUCAGAUGAAGAGCCAGUAAAGAAAGCCCCAGUAAAGGCAACUCCUGUAAAACAAGCUGCAAAACCAACUCCAAAGAAAGAUUCGAGCUCCGAUGACAGUUCGGAUGAGGAACCUGUAAAGAAGGUCGCCAAGCCAGUUCCAGCUCAAAGUAAGUUUAUAUUUCUUGUUCUAUUUGAGCUUUAGGUUCAGCUAAACCUAGCCCUACGAAGCCAGCUGCUAAAGCCGCUCCGAAGAAGUUGGAGUCUGAUUCCGAUGACAGUUCAGAUGAAGAGCCUGUCAAGAAAGCACCAGUAAAGGCGACUGCUGUAAAACCAAUUGCAAAACCAGCUCCAAAGAAGGAUUCGAGCUCCGAUGACAGUUCGGAUGAGGAACCUGCCAAGAAAGCACCAGUUAAGGACACUCCGAUUAAACAAGCCGAAAAACCGACUCCAAAGAAAGAUUCGAGCUCCGAUGACAGUUCAGAUGAGGAACCUGCCAAGAAAGCACCAGUUAAGGCCACUCCGGUUAAACAAGCCCCAAAACCAGCUCCCAAGAAAUCAUCGAGCUCCGAUGACAGUUCAGACGAAGAGCCUGUAAAGAAAGCACCGGUGAAGGCUGCCAACCCCGUCGUCAAGCCGGUGCUGUCCAGUUCGGAGGGUUCUUCUGAUGACGAACCAUCAAAGAAGGUCGCCAAGCCAGUUCCAGUUCAAAGUAAGUUUUUUUCAUGUUCUAUUUGAUCUUUAGGUUCAGCUAAACCUAGCCCUACGAAGCCUGCUGCUAAAGCCGCUCCGAAGAAGGUGGAGUCUGAUUCCGAUGACAGUUCAGAUGAAGAGCCUGUCAAGAAAGCACCAGUAAAGGCAACUCCUGUAAAACAAGCUGCAAAACCAACUCCAAAGAAAGAUUCGAGCUCCGAUGACAGUUCAGAUGAGGAACCUGCCAAGAAAGCACCAGUUUCGGCCACUCCGGUUAAACAGGUUACAAAACCGACCCCCAAGAAAGAUUCCAGCUCCGACAGCUCAGAUGAUGAACCGCCUAAGAAGCUCGCGAAGCCAGUUCUAGCUCAGAGCAAGUUAAUUUGUCUUGUCUUAUUUUAUCUUUAGAUGGUACGAAGAACUCCAAACCGGCCCAGUCCAGCUCGAGCUCCGAUGACAGUUCAGAUGAGGAACCUGUAAAGAAAGCACCGGUGAAGGCCGCCACCCCCGUCACCAAACCGACCCAGUCCAGCUCGGAGGAUUCUUCCGAAGAUGAACCACCAAAGAAGGUAGCCAAACCAGUUCCAGCUCAAAGUAAGUUUUUUUUCAUGUUCUAUUUGAUCUUUAGGUUCAGCUAAACCUAGCCCUACGAAGCCAGCUGCUAAAGCCGCUCCGAAGAAGGUGGAGUCUGAUUCCGAUGACAGUUCAGAUGAAGAACCUGUAAAGAAAUCACCGGUGAAGUCGACCCCGAUAAAACAAGUCAUAAAGCCGACCCCAAAGAAAGAUUCGAGCUCAGAUGACAGUUCGGACGAAGAGCCAGCAAAGAAAGCCCCAGUAAAGGCCACUCCCGUUAAACAAGCCGCCAAACCGACUCCCAAGAAAGAUUCCAGCUCGGAUGACAGUUCGGAUGAAGAACCUGUAAAGAAAGCACCGGUGAAGGCUGCCACCCCCGUCGCCAAGCCGGCCCAGUCCAGCUCGGAGGAUUCUUCCGAAGAUGAACCAUCAAAGAAGGUCGCCAAACCAGUUCCAGCCAAAAGUACGUUCGGUUUUCUUCUUUUGUUUGCUUUUGGGGAAUAUUUUCCAGAAAAGAAAGUCAUAAGAAAAUUUUAUUUUCUUCCAGUAAACAUAAUUUUGUAAAAGGAAGGGACGGAAGUAGUUAAAAUGAGUAAUAAGUUAUUUUACUAGUAAAACAUGCUAAGUGUUAAUGUAAAGUAGUGUUUUUAGUGGUGUUUUGAGGAAAUACUCAAAAUAGAGGUAAUCAACAGUGCUCAUUUUGAAAAUAAUUCUCGUUUGUUGUGGUUUUUAACUUUUUGUGGGCAAAGAGUGUGGUGAAGAGUACAUCGACGGCCUUUCUUUGUCAUCUUCUGCACAGAGAAGAACAUUGACGAAAUACAAUGCCAAAAACUACUUAUAUUCAUCGGGAACAAAAGAUAUUCAAGAAGAAAACAUGAGAGAAUUCAUUAAAGUCUUUUAAGACAUGUCUGAAUAGAUUGUCCCAUGUUUUCUUCUUGAAUAUCUUGUUCCCGUUGAAUGCAAGUAGUUUUUGGCAUUGUCUUUUGCCAAUGUUCUUCCCGGCGCAGAAGAAGAAAAAGAAAGGCUGUCGAUGUACGCUUCAUCACACUCUUUGACCCCGAAAAGGUGGAAAUCACUAUAAAUGGGAUUUUUUUCAAAAUCAGCACUGUCGAUUACGUCUAUUUGGAGUAUUUCCUCAAAAAACCACUAAAACACUGCUUUGCAUUAAUACUUAUCAUGUUUUACAAAUAAAGUUACUCAUUACUCUUGUUGAUUGCUUUUGUGUCUUACUUUUGUAAAAUUAUGCUUUCUAGGAAAAAAAUUAUUUUUCUACAAUUCGCUCUUCUGGCAAAUGUCUUUUAUACUGGGGGAAAAUAUAGACGCUUUUAUUUUUAGAUGCUACAACGAAACCAGCUGCCAACCCCGCCGCUAAGCCGAUACUGUCCAGCUCGGAGGAUUCUUCCGAUGAUGAACCAUCAAAGAAGGUCGCCAAGCCAGUUCCAACUCAAAGUAAGUUUAUUUGUCUUUUUUUAUUGAUCUUUAGGUUCUGUAAAACCAAUUGCAAAACCAGCUCCAAAGAAGGAUUUGAGCUCGGAUGACAGUUCAGAUGAGGAACCUGUAAAGAAAGCACCGGUGAAGGCCGCCACCCCCGUCACCAAACCGGCCCAGUCCAGCUCGGAGGAUUCUUCCGAAGAUGAACCACCAAAGAAGGUAGCCAAACCAGUUCCGGCUCAAAGUAAGUUUAUUUUUCUUCUUCUAUUUGAGCUUUAGGUUCAGCUAAACCAAGUCCUUCAAAGCCUGCUGCUAAGGCUGCCCCGAAGAAGUUGGAGUCUGAUUCCGAUGACAGUUCAGAUGAGGAACCUGUCAAGAAAGCACCAGUGAAGGCAACUCCUGUAAAACAAGUCGCAAAACCGACCCCAAAGAAAGAUGCGAGCUCCGAUGACAGUUCGGAUGAGGAACCUGUAAAGAAAGCACCGGUGAAGGCUGCCACCGCCGUCGCCAAGCCGGCCCAGUCCAGCUCGGAGGAUUCUUCCGAAGAUGAACCAUCAAAGAAGGUAGCCAAACCAGUUCCGGCUCAAAGUAAGUUUAUUUUUCUUCUUCUAUUUGAGCUUUAGGUUCAGCUAAACCAAGUCCUUCAAAGCCUGCUGCUAAGGCUGCCCCGAAGAAGUUGGAGUCUGAUUCCGAUGACAGUUCAGAUGAGGAACCUGCCAAGAAAGCACCAGUUAAGGCCACUCCGGUUAAACAAGCCCCAAAACCAGCUCCCAAGAAAUCAUCGAGCUCCGAUGACAGUUCAGACGAAGAGCCUGUAAAGAAAGCACCGGUGAAGGCUGCCACCGCCGUCGCCAAGCCGGCCCAGUCCAGCUCGGAGGAUUCUUCCGAAGAUGAACCAUCAAAGAAGGUCGCCAAGCCAGUUCCAGCUCAAAGUAGGUUGAUUUUUCUUGUUUAUUUGAUCUUUAGGUACGGCUAAACCCAGUCCUACGAAGGCCGCUGCGAAGAAGAAGUUGGAGUCUGAUUCCGAUGACAGCUCAGAUGACGAACCAGUAAAGAAAUCACCAGUUAAAGCGGCUCCGGUUAAGCAAGCCCCGAAACCGACCCCAAAGAAAGAUUCCAGCUCCGAUGACAGUUCAGAUGAAGAGCCAGUCAAUAAAGCACCAGUAAAGGCAACUCCGGUUAAACAAGUCACAAAACCGACUCCAAAGAAAGAUUCGAGCUCCGAUGACAGUUCAGACGAGGAACCGCCAAAGAAACUCGCCAAGCCCGUUCCAGCUCAAAGUAAGUUAUUUUUUCUUGUUUUAUUUGAUGUUUAGAUGGCACAAAUAACGUAAAACCUGCUGCUAAGGCCGCUCUGAAGAAGGUGGAGUCUGAUUCCGAUGACAGUUCAGAUGAGGAACCUGUCAAGAAAGCACCAGUGAAGUCGACUCCGGUUAAACAGGUCACAAAACCGACCCCUAAGAAAGAUUCGAGCUCAGAUGAUAGUUCAGAUGAAGAGCCAGUAAAGAAAGCACCAGUAAAGGCCACUCCGGUUAAACAGGUUACAAAACCGACCCCCAAGAAAGAUUCCAGCUCCGACAGCUCAGAUGAUGAACCGCCUAAGAAGCUCGCGAAGCCAGUUCUAGCUCAGAGCAAGUUAAUUUGUCUUGUCUUAUUUUAUCUUUAGAUGGUACGAAGAACUCCAAACCGGCCCAGUCCAGCUCAGAGGAUUCUUCUGAGGAUGAACCAUCAAAGAAGGUCGCCAAGCCAGUUAUAGUUCAAAGUAAGUUUUUUUUUGUUUUAUUUUAUUUGUUUUUUAGAUGGUACGAAGAGCGUGAAGCCUGCUGCCAAGGCCGCUCCGAAGAAGGUGGAAUCUGAUUCCGAUGACAGUUCAGACGAGGAACCUGUAAAGAAAGCACCAGUGAACGCGACUCCGGUUAAACAAGUCACAAAACCGACCCCUAAGAAAGAUUCGAGCUCCGAUGACAGUUCAGAUGAUGAGCCACCUAAAAAGGUCGCCAAGCCAGUUCCAGCUCAAAGUAAGUCCACGUUUCUUGUCUUAUUUAUGUUUAGAUGGUACAAAGAACGUGAAACCAGCUGCCAACUCCGUCUCCAAGCGGGCCCAGUCCAGCUCGGAGGAUUCUUCCGAUGAUGAACCACCAAAAAAGGUCGCCAAGCCAGUUCUCGCUCAAAGUAAGCUUAUUCUUCUUGCUUUAUUUGAUGUUUAGAUGGCACAAGUAACGUGAAACCAGCUGCCAAGCCCGCCUCCAAGCCGGCCGUUUCCAGCUCGGAGGAUUCUUCUGAUGAUGAACCACCAAAGAAGGUCGCCAAGCCAGUUCCAGCUCAAAGUAAGACCAUUUUUCUUGUUUUAUUUUACUGUCUUUAGAUGGUACAAAGAACUCCAAGCCGGCCAAGUCCAGCUCGGAGGAUUCUUCUGAGGACGAACCCUCAUUUGUGACAUCAACUCCACUUAAUUCAUCAGUAAGAAAAUCAGAACCCAGAAAUCUGAAGAGGAAGCUGGAGGAGUGUUCGGAUGGAAGCGAAGAGCCAGUAAUGAAGAAAAGCGGAGGUGGUGAUGCCUUUGAGAAUAACAACGGAAGCUUCAAGCCUAAGGUAAUGCUAUAUUUUGGAAUUUUUCGAAAUCUUUGGGUUGAAAAUUGUUUUUGUAGACGCUCUGAAAAAUGUAGAGCCUUUGAUUUUUAUCGAAAUUUUAUAUUUUAUUUUUGGUUAAUGUAAUAUUUUCUUGAUUUACUUUUUGAGUAGAUACACAGAGUGUUUCAUGAAAUUUUCGACAAAGCUUUUUGCGGAAAGCUUAGGGCUUGCGGCUUUACAAAAGCCCUGAGAUAUUUGAAAAAACAUUGUGGAAAAUUUCUUGAAACGCCCUGUAUUCAACUCAAAAAUAAAAACCAGUAAAAAUUACAUUAACUUGGAACUGAAAAAGAUCAUUCUUUGGAUUUCCGAGUGCACAGCGUUCUGUACUUUUUUGGAAUGAUUCCGACACCGAUUUUUACGAAUUUUUCUAAAAUAGCCCGCAUCCACUUCUUCUAAGAGAUCUGCCUAAGGGCAAUCUUUAGCGCCGAAAAUCCAAAGUCGGUCAUUUUUCAGCGUUGGUUACAAAUUUCUUUUUCCAUAUUAAUUUACGUAAGUUGUAUCGUUGGAAAGAUCUAUCUUUACUCUAAAAGCACUGCAAAUUUUACACUUCAAUCUUACAGUAUUCCCUCGCGACACCCGCGUAAAUGCGGGCUAUUUUAGAAAAAUUCGAAAAAAUCGGUGUCGGAAUCAUUCCAAAAAAAGUACAGAACGCUGUGCGAGUGUAGUUUUAGUUUUAUUUUACUAGCUAAUUUUAUAUUAAUUUUACAUUAUUGGUAUUUUCAGAGAAGCAGCUCGCCAUUCCGAAGAGUUCGCUCUACGAAACAUGAGGUCGAUGAGAAGUUCAGAGACAACUCAUAUAAUGUAAGUUCGCUGGAAAUGUCUAGUAAUACUUGAUUUCAGCCCCAUGAUGCCUGGGGGUCAAAAGCCGCCAAGGACCUGGGCGCAGUUCGCGGCCGCAACUUCCGCCAUGAGAAGACCAAAAAGAAGCGCGGAAGCUACGCCGGCGGUCGUAUUUCGAUGGAAGUCAACUCUAUAAAGUUUGAUGAGUAA